UGAGUUUAGAAAAAGUACUAGGAUUAUUUCUUGACUGAAGAUAAAAUUACCAAAAUGAAAACGAAAAACAGGGAAGUUAGACUUCUGGAUCAGAGUUAUUUUUUUAUUAAAAAAAAAAUAGAAAGAAAAAUAAAUUUGUCAAAAAUUUGACCAGCAUAAACUUGUCAAUAUAAUAAAAAAGAUUGUUGUCACAUUGUAAAGAAGAUCAGAACUAUAGCUUUUAUUGAGUUUGAAAUUUCGAAGAUGUAAACUUACAUUAAUUUUCCAGAUGUGUAAAUAAUGAUGAAACCCAAUGAAGAUAAAAAAAUAAAUGAAUAAUAAAAAGGAAGGGAGAGGAGGAAACAGAAACUAUUAUCUGAUGUUUUCUAUUCUCAAAAUAUUUACUCAUUUCAACUUUUUAUUCUAUAUUUUGUAAUUCUAUAUUAAUUAAAAUAAAUGAAGAAAUAAAAACAUGUAUAUAUCUUAAAAAAUAAUGUAAAAGGAAUGAACAAGUGGCUUCAUUUACAAUUAUAAAUGCAAAAAAUAGAGUAAACAAAAAAAAGGUUUUUCUUGUAAAACAUGAUUGACAAAUGAUAUGAAUAAAUUUGGAUACACCCCAUAUAUUGAAGUACAUCUAUAUAUAUGUAUAUAUUAAAGUACAUCUAUAUAUAUGUAUAUAUUAUUUUUUCGAUCACAAUGACUACAAUUAUGGCAAAAACCACAACAGAAGAUCCCAAAAUUGAGCACAAGGCCAAUGAAAAGGAAGAGGCACUGCCACCAAUCCUACUCCCCAUCGGAGUCCGGCACUUGGAGAAGGCAUUGCCAGCCACUCGGUUGCUCGAGAAGCAGCGCCUUUUACAAUUGGUGCAUGAAGAAUUGGAAAACCAAAAAAUAGAUUUUGCGCAAAAGGAAGAAAUUCUUCAAAAACGUGAAGAUGCAUUGCGAGAGAAGGACCUCAAAUUGCAGGAAUCUCUCAUUGGGUUCUCACGGUUCUUGCAGGAGAAUUCAAUUAAGAAAAAACGUGCUGAGAAGAAAUCGUUGGAUGAGAUUCGAAUUCGACAAGAAAAGGAGCAUGAGAUUUUACAAGUAGAAGAGGCAUUGUUGAAGCUGAAAGAGCAUCGCACCAACACCCUUGCCCAUUUGGAAAGGCUCAUGAUAUAUCAAAAAUAUUUGGAAUCUGUGAUUGAAAAAGCCACUCAAUUCCAUGAGAUCAAUGAUCUCAUUCUCCGGCAUGAGACGCUUUCGGCGAACCGGGAAGAUCUGAGGCAACAUCUAAUCACAAGCGAAGAGCAGAUGCAGGCUGUGAGGAAGGAAUAUCAGAGCUAUUUGAAGUUCACCGCUACUGAGGUUAUGAUGCUCAACAACGAUGUGGGUCAGGCCAAACAGCUCGUGGAGAGGAAAAAGUCCGACACUGCUCAGCUGCAGCUCCAGAUCGACUCCAUGCUCCAGAUGGCCGCCGCUAAAACUCUCGCCUGGAACCAAAUCUGCAUAGCGGCUGAGAACUUGUUUUUUCGAGCGGACAAGGUUUCGAUCAUCAGCCGACCGGCGAAGGAGAAUCCCCUCAAGAACCUCGACAUGGUUUCCGACUUCAUUACUGAUCUCAACCAUGUGCACAAAUUGUACAAGGGGGUUAGGGCACCGUCCCCAAAGCCUGGGAUCUGAUCGAUCGGUAUAUAUGUAUUUAGAUUGACGUCAUCGUGUAGGAAGUGUAGGAUCAAGGUGACAGAUGAGAGCUCGACUUGAGCUCACAGGACAAAGCAAACUAUUCUUCUUGUUGGCCAAUAGCCAAUAUUCAAUACGUAUACGCCAAUAUUCACGAAAUGGUUGGAUUAGUAGAGAUUAUUGACAAACACAUUGUCAAAUUAUGUCAGGGAAUUCGGACAGCGUAAUUAAAUGCAAGCUCAAAUCAAUCAGCUUUGCGAUACUCGCAAA